CUCCGGUUGCCCGGCGGUGGAGGUUCUUGGUAGUUCCCCAAUUCUACCCCCUAGAAAAAAGUAAACAAGACAACUAUACAAAAAAAGAAAAAAAGAAAGAAAAAAACACGAAGAAAGCAAAUGCAUGGCCCAAAGUGAGUGUGUUUUAGCCCAGCAAAUCCAACUCCCAAGAGAAACAAAACCGCCUUUCCCACUUUCUCCACCGGAAGUGUAAGGGAGUUUCACUUGUUCCCUAUGGCUCCUAAAAAGCCAUAGUUAACUGACUACAGGUAAUGGCCCUCUUCGCAACCAGCUCAUCUUCGAAAGCAAAGGGUGGAGCGCCUGCUAAGAGUCUUGCGGACUGCAGGUAUGAAGAGGAACAGGAGCUUCAGCAAGUGGCCUGGCGAUUUAUGAAAAAGCGAGAGAAGGCAAGGAAGGCGAAGGACGAGAAGGACAGGGCCAAGGCGGAGAGGGAGCGCAUCAAGGCCGAGAAGAAGGCACUGAAGGCCCUGAAGAAGGCCAACAAAGGCGCGGCUGUUCCACUCCUCGAGAGCGACUUACAGAUGGCAGGAGGAGGCCAAGCCGGCGAAGGAACGUCAGGGAGCCAGGACCCGAAGGACGCAAGGUAA